AUUAAUUCAUUUGAAGGAGUGCAAUAAAAUAAUUAUCUCGACAUUUUCUUUCAGAUAUGAGAUACCCUACCCCACUACCACUCCACGCCCGCUCUUCUAGUCUUUAACUGCCAUUCUGCUUGUCCUUUUUCCUAUAAAAUCUCCUUAACAAAGCAACACCAAACCCUCUCUAUCUCAUCAACUUUGCACACAUCCCGAGAAGCAACAAUGGCUUCUUCUUGCUCCAUCAAAAAGGUUCACAUGAUUACCAAAAUCGUCCGGCUCAAACAAGUAGUCAAGCGUUGGAAGGACAACUCCCUUCGUCCUCGUUCCGUUCUCUCUUACUCCUCUUCCGAUUCCGAUGAACCGGCACAAACUAAUUCGAACCGCCGUACGCCUUCCGGUUCAUUAGCGGUCUAUGUGGGCGUUCAUGAGAAUGAGCGCCGCCGGUUCGUUAUACCGACCCGAUUCCUGAAUCUACCUGUAUUCAUCUCGUUACUUGAUAAGGCGGAGGAGGAAUUCGGGUAUCAACCUACCGGAGGAUUGGUUUUGCCAUGUGAGGUUGAGUUUUUCUCGGAUAUCUUGAAGCUUCUUGAAAUCGAUGAACACAGAUUCGGUGUUUUUGGGUUGGAUGAGAUUUUAAUGGUGAUUUCUGAAUCUGGUUUAGAUCAGUCUUGUAAAGAAGCUGCUUCACAUGGAUUUACUCCUCUACUUCAGAAUGCUAGGGUUUGACCCGACCCGAUUUCAUACGGCUCGCUUUUCAAGGAGGAAGAUUUAGGUUUGAGGGGUUUUAUUUUUUAUUACCUUUGACCUAACCUUUGAAAUUGUGGAGAUUUCUAGGAAGCAUUUUAAUUUUUUUUUGUCUUCUAAUUUUUGAACCAUUUGUGAACCCAGAAAUUUGGUUUUAUGAAGGUUUACUGGGUUCCAAAGA